AUGAUUUGUUUCCCACAAGCAACCUUGGCACUAAGUCUUCUCCCAAAUGCAGGUCCGCCACCACGGACAUCUGGCACAUAUUGGCUUGUAGAAAUGUUGAGGGUGAUGUCACAACCUGCUCUGAGUGAUUAUGCUCUCAUGUGGCAGAGCUCUACAGUGAAGGUGCACAUUAUUCAAACCAGAAGCUGCUUGACUCGUGUCUCUGGGCUGCACAGGACUCAUCAAAUGCAGAUGGUUGUGGCAGACUUGCUUUCCCAGGCACCUGCUUCUGAAGAUGACACAGCCUCGCCCACAAGUGACAUCGAAAUUCACGGAGUCACCAUAGUGUUGGCACUCAACAAGUCCAUUGGAGGAUGGCCGGUCACUAUGGAAGCUGCUGCAAGGAAGAUGUCUGCGCAUGCCCAUACCGGACCCUUGCUGCCACGUGAAUGAGGAAGCACAAGCAGAGCAAGCACAGCAGACGUGCACUUCCCAGCCUCAAAUGCAAUGACCUCGUUCGCAUAAAGGGGACGGCACAGGCACAAAAAGCUGCUUGAAUUAGCUGGACCAUGUUCCUUCUACAUGGAAACACAAGACCGCAACACCUUACGCUGUAAUCGGCAGCACCUCUUGGCAAUGAAAAAACCUUUUGAGGAUUAUGAUGAAGGCCAGGUUCAGGCCUCUCUAGAAUCUCGCACAUCCAGCUCAUCAAGUGCACCAGUGGCAAGUUCUCGACAGCCACCUUCACAACCAGUUCUGCCACAAUGAAGGUCACUGCAUCAAACCCGUCCUCCUGAACGCCUGGGAUAUGAUCAAAACUUCCAGCAGACAAGCCAACGGCGGUGAAGGGGAAGAUGUAUCAUAUCAGGUUAACCAGCACAAGCCAUCUAUACAUUGUUGAACUACAGGUGCCUAUAUUUCCAUUAACCCCCUUGCCCUCGUUCUGGUAUAACAUGCCAAGCGAAAUAAACAUAGCAGUUCACUGUUGUGUUGACACA